GAGAGCCCCAAGCCAAGCCCAGCAAGAAACCGAGUGCCAAAACAGAGAAGGCCUACAAAUACCAGUACCACGCCCUGAAAAAGUAUGGCAUCAAGUACAAGAACAGCGAACUCUUGACAGAAUCCCUGACGAGUGACCGGGUUGCAGCAGCAGAGAAGAACACCGUGUCAGUUCCAGAAGUGAGUGCUUCCGCCAGUGCUGGUACAGAUGCGGUGCCACCUGUCACGGAUGAUGCCGAUGACGGCGAGCAAGCUGAGGAAGAGGCAAUGGAAGUUGAUGAA